AUGCAUCGCAGUGACAAAUAUAAUUGUUGUUAUAUUAUACUGUUUGUUACACAUUAAUAAAAAAUCAGAAUUCUGAAGUAACAAAACAUGAACGCACAAGUGGAAAUGGAAAAGGCACAGCAACAAAUGGAAUGUGUUCAAGAGUAUACUAAUAUAAGGGAAUAUCAAAGCAUUAACAUGCAAAAUGCCAACGCAUAUUCGUUACAUACACCGAACGCCGAAUAUGUACUGUCAAUGGACUUUAUGUUGGAAACUAUAACAAUAUGUCAUACCACUCUUGGUGGUGACAUAAGAAACACUAGCAAUCCCAAAGUCAAACGUCUAUCAACCCCUCCCGACCCACGAGCUAAGUAUAAACAUCAUUCCCAGACCAUUACACCAAGUAGCACCUCAUUAUACUCGAGUCAUUACAACACAAAUUGAAUAAAAAUACAAAUUGUG